AUGGCAGGCACAAACUGGAGAAAUCAAACUGCCAUCACCGAAGUCAUCCUCCUUGGAUUCAGAGAUCUUCCUUCAUUGCAAACUCCUCUCUUCCUGCUCUUUCUGGUGAUUUACACUGUGACUAUGGCUGGGAACAUCCUCAUUGUUUUUGUGGUUGUGGCUGACCAGCAUCUGCACACCCCUAUGUACUUCUUCAUCGGGAACUUAUCCUGCUUGGAAACCUGCUACACCUCCACCAUCCUUCCCAGAAUGCUGGCAAGUUUGGUGACUGGGAACAGAACUAUUUCCAUUAAAAACUGCAUUGGACAAAAUUAUUUAUUCGCUUCCCUGACAGGAUCUGAGUGCUAUCUCUUAUCUCUGAUGUCGUAUGACAGGUAUGUAGCAAUCUGUAAGCCUCUGCAUUAUUCUAUGCUUAUGAAUAACAGGUCCUGCCUCUUUCUAGCAACUGGAUGCUGGAUAAGUGGCUUUUUCGCUAGCAGCAUCACAACAAUAUUAAUAUCACAGCUAUCUUUCUGUGGGCCCAAUCAAAUUGACCAUUUUGUUUGUGACAUUUUCCCACUCAUAGAACUAUCCUGCAAAGACACCCGCAUAGUGGACAUCAUAACCUUCACCUUAGCAGGUAUUUUCACACUGCCACCAUUUCUUUUAACAUUAAUGUCCUACAUCUUAAUUAUCUCCACCAUCUUAAGAAUCCCUUCCACCACUGGGAAGCACAAGGCUUUUUCCACCUGCUCCUCUCAUCUCAUUGUGGUGACACUGUUCUAUGGGACAUUAAUUUUUGUCUACAUAUUACCAAAGUCUAAAGCCCAGAGCAACCUCACCAAAGUGUUCUCUCUCUCCUAUACUGCCCUGACUCCGAUGGUGAACCCCUUGAUCUACAGCCUGAGAAAUAAAAUGGUAAAGGAGGCUCUAGGAAAUUUUGUUGGUAAAUUAUUUCUGUACAGUGGUAUUCAGAGAAAAUAA